CAGCAAAUUUUCUCUAUGAGACUUUCAUCUUAUUGUCAGCUUAUUGUCACUAUAUGGUACAGCCUAUAGAAUGAUAACAAAUUAUUUAUAAAUGUUCCAUUUACAUAAUAUAUUUUACUUUGAAAUCAGUCUGCUACAAAGUUCUAAAUUCUAAUACUCUGCAACCUUUUUUGUGCUAUUCUUUAAAAAUGCUUUAGCAAUACCAUUUAAUGUGAACGCAUUAUCAUCAACAGUAUUCACUUUUUCCGAGAUCUCAUUCAUACUGCGCAGCUAAUGAGCAACGUGUAGGAUCCUACUUAAGGACCUUGAUGAGUUUUGGCUCCUCACCUUCCUCUGUCUUGGGUUCUCUAUCAUCUCUGCGCUCACGGCCCUUCACUGAUGUUUCAUACAGCCCAACUCCUGAUGUUAAUGAAGUGUAUCCGGGAUUAUUUGUUGGAGAUGCUGUUGCAGCUAAAGACAAGGCCUUUUUAAGGCGUAUGGGCAUUAAUUACGUCUUGAAUACUGCAGAAGGUAAACGCUACACUCAAGUAGAUACAGAUCAUCUCUACUACAGAGACUGUCCUGGUUUGAGAUAUAAAGGUUUUCAACUUAUGGAUCUUCCAACUACUGAUAUUUCAAAGUAUUUCCAUAUUGCUGCCAAUUUUAUUGAUGAGGGAGUAUCAAGUGGAGGUCGCGUCCUCGUUCACUGCAUGAUGGGCGUCUCUCGUUCAGCUACAUGUGCACUUGCAUUCCUAAUGAUCAAACGUGGAAUGUCCCUCACAGAGGCACUGUGCACUGUACGUGCUCGACGUGACAUUCAUCCAAAUGAUGGCUUCCUUCGUCAGCUUCAGCAACUAGAGAGGGACCUACGUAUUACACGGGUUCGCUGACCUUACACCCCCAGUCAAACAUUCAAUUUUCCAUUUGAAACUUCAUUUGGGAGAUAUCGCGUGCGCAGUCUUGAUCGUAAUGGCUAUCGCCAUUAAAAUAAAAUAAAUAUUUCUAAAAUAAGUGGGUACUAAAUAACUAGACGAAUAUUGCGCACAUUAAAUUGAAUUCUCAAAGAAUGUUAAAUUGAAAUGUUCAAUAAAAAAUUCAAAUGUUAUCAAAAUGUAUUGAUAAGUACUUUACAUAAUGCAUUAUUCUAAUUUAAAGAAAUUAUAUAACCAAAACCUAUCUAGAUUUUAGCUCCCUGUCGUUAGCAAUUUAAAGUCAAAUUUAAUAUUUUGUUUCGAAAAUAUCACUAGAGGGGAUACCGUAUCUACUGACACGAUAAAAAUCCCGUAAAUGAGUUGAAGAUAAAGCUAUCCACUGUAAUUUUUCUGAGGUUUCAGCAUUUUACUAAAUAAAGCUCUAAACAUCGUAAUUUAGUAUGUACACUGUUGAAUCCAUAUAGCUAACUAAUAAUUAUUGUAUGAAAGUAAAUUAUUUGUAAAUAUAAGUCUAUUUUCAAAUAAAAAUAUAUAUUGUGAACCUGUUAUAUAAAAACCUAUUAAAAAAAUCAAGGCAGUUUUUGUCAUGAAACAAAAAGGUAUUGUGAAAAUAUAAUGAAAUUUUUUAAGAUCAGGUUGUUACUUAUUAACACUCUUGUUUCAUGUCAAUGAAAGCACAAAUCUAUUAGAAUUGAGAUUACAUUGUGUAUAUAAAGUUUUUUUUAAAUGUACCAGAGUUAAAUUAAUUAUUUAUUUUUUAUAUUAAUUAAUAUUUUGAAAUAGCACUUUUAUUUAUCACUAAGCUAUUUUUCGAAACUUGUUUAUGUUGGUCCAUAAGAAAAAAAAAUUCAAUAUAACAAAAAAAAUCUUAGCUAAAUAACAAUAAACUACAUUUGUGUGCCAUUUUGUAAAAAAAAUUGUGAUAGAUUAAAUAUUCUGAUUUAUUGAAGAAAAAAAAACUAGUCUUACCAUCUAUGUUGUAUUGAAGCAUUGUAAUUAUAAUAUAAUUACUAAAGUACAAUUUAUAGCCUUUAGUCAUUUGAUGACUUAAAUGAAAUGCAAUAAUAAUAUUAAAAUUCUAUGUUUCAUAAUUAAGAUUAAUCUUAAAGACUGGUGAAUAAAUUCACUUGUAAUAUGAGUUAUUGACCGUAGAAGUAUUUAGCUUAGUAUAUAUGUCAAUGCUUCUAGGCAAGUGUCAUGGUCUGUAAACAUUCAUUGUAUAUUUCACAGUGGUUGCCAAGACUCAACUGUGCCACUUGGCUGCUCAUAUGUGUCAUUAGCAUCUAUUUUAAAUGAAGUCUUGUCUACUAUGCAAUUGAGGGACCUGUUUUAAUUUAUUUUUAUAAUUAAUAUUUCUAUUUCUUAAAAUAUUGAAUAUUUUAUUAAUUAUAUAACAAUUAGUAGUAGUUUCCACAGGAAAUACAAUGCACCAAAGAACUAGUGUGAUAUGUUAUAGUUACUUUUAGUAGUGGAAUGGUUAAUUUGGUGGUAUUGAUUAUAGUUGCUAGAAGAAAGUUGAAAUAUAGGUACACAACCGUAUUCUUUGAUCGUAUUGUAAACACAAUCGGAUAAAAAAAACCCUGUCUAAGCCAGGAUUUUUAUGGACAAUAGCAACAUUUCUUUUUAUGGUUCUCAUCAGGUUUUUAUUGGUCCGCACGCAAGAGAUAAUAAUAGUAUAUUAAAAGCUUAUCGAAUUA